AUGCCGCGCCCGCCGCCGCAGAGCUGCCCGUUCUGCACCAUCGCCGACGCCCACCGGCCCUACGACCCCCUCCGCCCCCCGCCGUCCGUGGACCCGGCGCUCACGACGCCGCCGUCCUUCGUCGUGCUCUCGACCCCCCUCGCCGUCGCCUUCCUCGACAUCAUGCCCCUCUCGCGCGGCCACCUGCUGCUGUGCCCGCGCGCCCACCGGCCCAGAAUCACCGACACGUCGCGCCGCGAGGCCCUCGCCCUGGGCGCCCACGUGCGCCUCCUCUCGGCGGCGCUCGCCCGCGCGACCGGCGUCCACGACUGGAACGUGGUGCAGAACAACGGCGCCGCCGCCGCCCAGGUCGUGCCCCAUGUGCACUACCACCUCAUCCCGCGGCCCGAGAUUCGCGCCAGCGGCCGCCUCAGCGAGAGCUUCACCAUGUUCGGGAGGGGCCGGCGCGAGGAGCUCGGCGACGACGACGACGCCGCUGCUCUCGCGGCCGGCAUACGCGCCGAGGUGGCGCGCGUCUUGGCCGACGACGACGACGACGACGAAGCCGAGGACGAGGCCGGGCCCAAGUUGUAA